AUGCAGCAGAAGCAGCAUAGCAGCAGCAGCAGCAGCAGCAGUAGUAGUAGCAGUGCAGCAGCAGCAGCGGCAGCAGCAGCAAGAGUAGCAGCAGCAGCAGCAGCAGCAGUAGCAGCAGGAGCAGUAGCAGAAGAAGGAAGCGCAGAAGGUGCAGAAGGAACGGGGAGAGCAGCGACGGCAGCAGCAGCAGCAGCAGCAGCAGCAGCAGCAGCCAGCUGCUCUGCUGCUAGUGAUAUAGCAGCAGCAGAUGAUUUGGAAAGCACAACAGAAACAGAAGGUUUAGAUUAUGCAGCAGAAGCAGCAACAGACACAGCAGCAGCAGCAGCAACAGACACAGCAGCAGCAGCAGCAGCAGAAGAAGAUGCUGCAGCAGCAACAGAUGCAGCAGCAGCAGAAGAUGCAGCAGCAAAAGCAGGAGACGCAGCAGCAGCAGAAGAUGCAGCAGCAACAGCAGAAGAUCCUGCAGCAGCAGCAGAUGCAGCAACAGCAGCAGCAGGGGAUGCAGCAGCAGAUGCAGCAGCAGGAAAUGCAGCAGCAGCACCAGAAGAUAUACCAGCAGGAGAUGCUGCAGCAGCAGCAGAUGCAGCAGCAGGAGAUGCUGCAGCAGCAGCAGAUGCAGCAGCAGCAGAUGCUGCAGCAGCAGCAGAUGCAGCAGCAGCAGAUGCUGCAGCAGCAGAAGAUGCAGCAGCAGCAGAUGCAGCAGCAGCAGAUGCUGCAGCAGCAGAAGAUGCAGCAGCAGCAGAAAACGCAGCAGACAUUGCAGCAGCAACAGAAGCUGCAGCAGAUGCAGCAGCAGAAGCAGAUGAAGUAGCAAAAGAAGAUGCUGCAGCAGCAACAGAAGAUGCUGGAGCAGCAGCAGCAGAAGAUACAGCAGCAGCAGCAGCAGCAGCAGCAGAAGAUACAGCAGCAGCAGCAGCACCAGCAGCAGAAGAUACAGCAGCAGCAGAAGAUGCAGCAGCAGCAGAGACAGCAACGCAAGCUGCGGAGGCGGCUGCAGCAGCAAAUGCUUGA